AAGAAACUGAGGGCACCAGUUAACAGACGACAUUAAGACGGUGAACAUCUCUUAGACCGAGUGGUUUUUCAUUUGUUUAAAGAAUAUUAUUUAAUUGUUUGAUUAUCAGAAUAUCUAAGCUGCAAAAUGUCAGGGCUCAACAGUGACCAGCUCCAUCGCUCCACACUGGGAAUAUACACGACCCUAAUGGACCAGUUCAAUCCCAGCCUGCAGAGGCUAGCGGCACUUGGUAAUAACUACAUUCAGGCUUUCCAAGCUCUAGCUGAAACCAGCGAAACCUACUUUAGUGCUCUUGGUAAGAUGGGUGAACAGGCCCUGCAGACCAUGUCAUCCCAUUUACUAGGUGACAUACUAAUACAGAUUUCUGAGAGUCAGAGAAGACUUACCAGUGAACUGUCAGGUGUGUUUCACUGGUUCCAUAACGAAGUCCUUCAUGAAAUGGAAAACAACAGCAGACUGGAUAAAAACUACAUAUUUGACAGUAAGAGGUGCUAUGAGAUGGAGGUGAGGAACCAGGCAAUGGUUCUGGAGAGACAGCUUAGGAGAGGGGGUUCACAGGAUGCUAAUGGAUAUGUGCAGUUCCUGAGGGAAAGCCAUAGAGAGGCCCUGAAAGAACAAGAGAGAAGAUAUCGUUUUUUGGCUGAGAAACACUGCGGACUCACUCAGUCCAUUGUGUAUCUCAUGAACAAGACAGGGAACACCCUGAAGCAGAAAGCAGAAGGUUGGAGAGAGCAAGUGAAUCAGUCAAGGGGGUCACGUCCAGGCAGACAGGAAGACAUGAUGGCUGAGGAUCAAAGUCAAUUUUGGGCAGAACAGCCCCUAGGCAGAGUGCCUUCUAGAGGGCCAUCCCCCCAACCGACUCGAUCCCGCUCCAACUCACUUGGAGAAACUCGUGGACCAGGUGGCAGUAGGAUGAUGCGAGCAUUAGUUCCACACCCCCCCUCUUCGAAUUCCACCCUAUUGCCAUUCUCUAAAGGAGAAACCAUUACAGUACUUGUGCCAGAGCCUCGAAAUGGCUGGCUGUACGGUUGUUCUGAGAGUUCAGCACGACAAGGCUGGUUCCCAGCUGCAUAUAUCGGUCCAAUGGAGGACACAUCUUGGCUGCCUGACCACGGCACUGGCUCACUUAGAAGCAGUAGUAGCAUGGACAACCUUCUUGACCAACCAUCUGGCAACAGAACAAAUGCACCUCCGCCUCCUCCACCACCUCCUUCAAGCAAAUCGAGCGGCUCGCGUUCAGUCACACCCACUUCUUUUGAGAAUAAACAGAAACAAGAUAAACAUGGGGCUCGACCAGAACUUUUCCCAAGAGGUACAAAUCCAUUUGCGACAGUGAAGCUGAAACCCACCACAACCAAUGACAGAUCAGCGCCACGUGUAUUCUAACAUAUUUAACCAGUAAGAACUGACAGACACAUAAACCGUCUUCAUCAGAGUGCACCACUUAAUAAAUCAGUGCUAUGCAUUCUGUAGACUGAACAGCUGUAACUGAGUGCCUCGGAUGUUGCUUGCUCAUAUUUCAUCUGCAGAAGGUCUUUUGCUAGGAAAAUGACAUUUUUCUCUCAAAAGUCAUGAGACCAGAGUUUUUUCUACCUUAGGUUAUGAGCUGUAAAUCCUUGCCCUAGUAAGAGAGAAGGAAUGACAUGAUGAAAGCUGAGAUGAGGCUUAGAUGCUAUUAGGGAACUUGUGUUUUUGUCCAUUGAAUGUAUUUCACGGGGAAUGUAAAAAAAAAAAAAAAUAGCUUGUUUGGAUUUUCACUUAAAAUGGCACAUUUUUUUAUUGUGAUAUUUAUAUCUGAUUUUAAGUAAGAAAUGUUUAAUUGCAAAAUGAAACCUAUAACCACCCCCACCCACAACCCCCACAUCAAUUUAUUCUUUCUGCCACAUCAGGGAGGUGAGAUUACCAUCUGGGCAAAACAGUGGCUUCCCUGAAUUAACUAAAUGCGUUUGAUUGAUUUUUGAAAAAUGUUAAAGCCAAGAAAAAGGAUAUUUACUGUGUUUUACAGCCAAUGCAUUCACCCCAGGAGUCAUGGACUCAAAUGAUAAGGUGCUAUCAUCAAUUACGAAAAUAAACUGAAACUAGAGAAGGGGCCUGAUGAUGCUGAUGAUUUAUUGGAAAUGUAAUUUUUAAAAUGGCCUUUAAUCUUUUUUAACCUCAUGGUCUUAAAUGAUUUAUGUCAUUAAAAACAGGUGUGUAAAACAAACCUCAGAACCCAUAUAACCCUUUCCUUGUUUCAAUUUACUGUCAGUUUGACUCACAACAAACAAUGCAAUCAAAAAAUUUCAUUUAACACUCAAUCAACAAAUUAUUGAUAUAAAAUUGCAUAUUUACACUUGACUGAUUUAUUAAUUUUAACAAGUCUGUGGAAGGUGGAUUUAUAGCAUAUUGCGAAAAAAAAAUAUUGAUCAAAACUAUUUUGACAUAAUAUUUUGGCAUCUGUUCCUUCUAUCACCUUGGUGACUGAAAGAAAACAUGCACGAAAUAUUUUUUAUACGUUUUGUUUUGCAGUGAAAUUUCUUUUCUGUAAAUAUAUUAUUAUUAU